AAUAAUUUCGUAAAGGGAAAAAUAAAAAUAAAAUAAAAUAUAUCCCUAGUAAAAGGUUAGAAAAUUUGUUCAAUUUCAGAAACAUUUCAAAAGAGAGCUCUUCUCAACUAGUAUUCAAGAAUCAAGAACUGAUUUUUCAAUAUCAAUUUCAGUCUUUUUCAUUUCUCCUCUGUUAUAAUUCCCACACAUUUUUCCUUUUCCUGGAUUCUCAUUGAUCACCAACUCUUUUCUCCUGUUACAUUUGUUAUCUGGUGAAACAUGUCUAUUAGGAUUUGGUUCUUGAUCCAACAAUUUGUGACAAGACACAAUUUACCUGAACACAAUCAUAUCCCUUUUGUUAAUUACCUCCGCUGUCAUUGGUGCAGAACUCGAGUUGCACUUAUCCAGGACUACAUUCCUACUGUAAACGACUUAGUGUUUGCAGGGUUCUUUACUAGAGUGUUUGAUGUUGAAGUAGCACAGGGUGAGCAGUAUCAUCGAGUAAUAGAUGGCAUGACCCUAGUCGAGACUUACUGUAUCGAAUGUAGAAACCUGCUCGGGUGGGAACUUAUUGCAGUCUCCCAACCAUCUAGGAGCCAUAGAGUAGGAGGAUUCUAUAUGAGAUUGCACAAGAUUAUUUGCUGGAACAAUGUAACGUUCCUUGAUACACUCCUCAGAAGCAAUAAUGUACAGGCUCCUAAUAAUCAAGAUGGAGGUGCAGAUGAAGAACAGGAUCAUGAUCAAAAUGUAGGCGCUAAUGAGCAAAAUGUUGAUCAAGAUGGAGACAUUAAUGAACAAGAUUUAGGCGAGAAUGAGGAAAAUGCGGAUCAAGAUGAACAUGCUAAUGAACAAGAUUUAGGCGCUAAUGAGCAAAAUACUGAUCAGGAUGAAAAUGGAGACAUUAAUGAACAGGUUCCUGAUGAACAAGAAGUGGAUGCUAAUGAGCAAAAUGCUGAUGAAGAAGGAGGUGCUAAUGAACAAGAUGGAGGCGUUAAUGAACAAGUUCCUAGUCAAGAUGUAGAUAUCGCUGAGGGAAUGGGCAAUAUUGAUCUAAAUGCAAACAUCUGAAUUAACUAUUGAUGAAAAUGCCUGCUCAUGCUGCAGAACCAGUUUAUUGAUAGAGAGUUCAUUCUAUACAAGUAUUAAUUCAUAACUGUGUGAUAUUCUGCUUUCUUUUUGUUUUUUUUGGACUAUAGUACACAUUGUUAUGACUUCAUUUUGGAGAAAAGCAAUUGAUACUGAACAUCUUACA